AUGUCUCUCGCAAGAUUGGGACUUGCGUUUGUCCUCGUCGUUGUCUCAGGUAAGAAAUCCUGCAGAAUAUAUCCACAACUCACCGUCUCAUCGCAUCUUCCUCGUUGCAUUGCUGCACUGGGUUGUCCAGUUUUCUUCCUUCAACCUUAAUCCCUGAUUGAAGGAAACAAGACCCAAUCAUAUUAAGCAAAACUGGAGGUGAUACGAGAAGGAUCACAGUUUUUCUGUCAGACAUUUUUCCUAGAGUUCUAGAGACACUUUUACUUCAACAAGUAGACUGCGUUUCCAGAGUUCUUGAAAUCCGUUUUUACUUCCGUCAUUGGGUGCACACCAGAUGUGUUUACCAGGUAGCUCGGACUCCACAUUCAUUUCAAAAAUUCCCCCUCACUAGUAAAAAGUGGAUUCAUUGUAACACUAGCUGUCUUCCAUACUCCAAAGCGUUGUUUUAUUUCAGCGAACAAUGUAUUUACCUUUAUCAUAUACGUCAAAACAUGUGUUCAACUGCAACCGUUCGCAUGAAUUCUCAGUCAACAGCGUGAAUUCCAGCUUUAUCCGUCAAAGGACAGCCGUUGGGAGCACAUUUUUUAGUGGCUUCAGUAGACACUCAGGAAACAAGCAGCUUGAUUGAAUUGACCAUGCGAUAUUUAGAAGUAGAAAACUCCAGGUCCAGGUCUCUUUCGAGGGCUGCCAUGAUUUAAAUAUCACAUUGUAUUUCAGAGGUAGGAUACAAGCACAAAAACAUCCCUAAUUAAGUAGGUGGGCUGAGAAACGGCCAUAUGCCUAGAUUUCAUUUAUUGCAUCAAUAAUGUAGAAACUAAGUUUAUUUCAGUAUAAUGCACACCAAUGCACAUCAAGUCACCUUGUUUGAAAGAUAAUUGACCCCUAUUGAAACUGGAUAGUCAUAAGCACUGCAUUAUCUUUUUUUAUAGAAACAACGGCAGACGAGAAGUUCCUUGGGACAUUCCCGAAAUCUGCUUCCAAGGUCUCCAUACGUGCCCGAAUGGUGUUCAUCCCUAGCGUAAGUGGAAUGACAAUAUUUAAAACGUCCAUAUGUCAUGCAGUUAACUUAUUUGAAAAGGCAGGGAACUCUAGUUGAAUCUAUAUGUAGACGAAUUUGAAAAAUAAGCUCUACCAGCACUUUUUUGUUCCAUACAUGCUGGGUUGUUUAAAAGGAGGGAUUUUCACAGAUAAGGCAUGGUUAGCAAAAAAUGACCUCUGAGGACUCGGGAGAGAGUUAAGUCCACGGAAUUUUAGUGUCGUAGUUAAGAGAAAUAGGGGUAUUUUAAAACUGUCUUUCCCCUGAAUAGUAAGAGUUCGAGGUCGUUUUUUCUAUUAUAAUAUGGCUUUUUCUUUCACAAUGAUAUGCAGGUCAUUAAGGCCGACAAAAAAUUCACUUAUAAACGGGGAACCUGCAGUACUGCGAAUGAGACAAGACCCUGCACAUUUACAAAACGUAAGUGCAUAUUCCUAAGGUUAAUUCAGAUUACUGGAAACAGUUCACAAUUUGGGAAUAAAGGAACUGACAUUCCAAGUUCCUAAUACUCUUCGUCUGUCGAAGCUGGUGAUUCGUGGUGAUAGGACAUACGAAGUCUCUGUCGUGUACCGUGAUCCACUGCCAACAAAGGACAGGGGUAAGUCUUUGCUCGUAUACCUGUAUGAGGGAUUUCUAUUGCUCAGAUCGUUCUUUCAGAUUUAUUUUUCAAGUCUUUGCCACGGAUGAGGCUUUUAUUUGUGAACUUGUGACUUGGUAGAAUUAGUUUGCACAAACAUUCGCGAUACAGUUGACAUACAAACGAAUGCAGACUUCACAUCCGACAGUGUUAGUUAGGACACCAGCUUGGCGCGUAAUUGUAUGAGCUCAACCAAAUAUGUCUAUGAAUGUACUCAUACCACUGAAAUGACAAAAGAAGAAAGUAAAAGUCCUGAUACUUCGUUUCCAGACAGAGAUCCCCACCUUGUGCUUCAUGACCUGUAGUGCACAUCUUCCUUCCGUCGAGAAAGUACAGACGUGCUUAGUUGAACGUUUUCUACCAAAGACUGAAUGCGCUAACCCGUAUGCAUGUGCUUAAAAUCGCUUACAUCCUUGUAUUAUUCUUACUAACUUCGUCCUCUUUGCAAUACGUUUGCUGCUUUUACGACUUUUUUUGUUGACGCCUGUCGUUUAUUUUCUCAUCCUCGCACCCAGUAAGAUAACACGUUUUUGUUUCUGAAUACAGAUUUCGCCAUUUCCCCACGCCAUUCUUUGCCGAUUGCCCACUAUGCUCCACUUAAUGCCAAAUCCGUGGAAGUCAACUGUGCUGUCAAAGUACCUCCAGGCGUCACUUCUGCCAACGUAUGUUUACUGGUUGAUUUUGGCAAGUAUAUUUUUGACUAUUGGUUUGGAUAACUUAGCACCCGUUAAGAUGGAUCCGCUUAAAUAAGAAGUCAUUCUCCGUAAUCAUUCAGCGCGCAGAGGAGUGCGUCACGGUUAAUGGGGGAAGUGAUAAGACGUAGACAAACAUCCUGAAACAACCUGCGACUACACAAACACGGAAUUUCUCUUCUACUUACCUUCAGAUGUUAAUAUUACAACUACCGAUUUGUAUUGUGGUCACACUACUCAGCAGGAAACAUCGUAGGACCAACAUCUUCAGAUUUUCCCACAGGCUCUUCAACGGACGUCACGGAAUAUCACGCAAGACCCUCAAGAGGAGACGCUUCAGUACACGCACAGGAAACUCUGGCCCUGUCUGUGUCUCAUUGGCGACGUCGCAGUAUAAGCACUAAUAACUCGGGUGGCAGGGUAUGUCAUACUUGGCGGCACAGGUGCUAGCCAAAAGCCCAGACACGUGUUUUGCCGAUAUUUUGACGCUGCACGUCACAGCUGCGAGGCGUUCGGCUCUUCAGUGGGUCCCCCUGUGUGCUUUCUAGUAGAUAUUCCAGUUUGCAAAUUGUCGCUGUUUAAGCUCCUCAGAAAGUAAUCGCCAACUUGGAGUAAGUCAUUCUAUCCGGGACUCAUAGGCUCAGACUUAAUUUUAAAAUUAUGUCUGAGCCUAUAAGCCCCAGAUGAUAGACUGACUUACUCCAAAUUUAGUUCAGUUCAGUUUUAUCCAGAGGAAGGUAGACGAACACCUUUGAACUCUCUAGUGGUUGCAAUAACGUCACGAAAAGACAAUACGUAGGAACUUUGGAAAGAAGAAUUGCUAAAUCAUCACAUGCAACAAGCAUGUAAUACUUGCUUGCGUCAGCGUAUGCCUGCCGUGUCAUAAUUGUGAAAUACCCAAAACGUGUUACUUAACCGAUCCAAGUAGCAUGGGAACAAACGCUCAUUCUUCAGUCAGAAUUCAUUGGGCCGCAAGUAGCCGUCCGACGGAGGCAUUAAACCCAAGAGUUGCAGAAUAAUGUUGUUGAACCAUAGGGAUCAGUAUACUUUGUAACCUGUAUCUUCCGGGGAGGAUGGUACGAAGGGGAAAUUAGUUUCUGAUGACGUGGUGGUACAUAUUUCUCUACUGGUCAAGCUUUCUCUUAAAAGUGUUCACGGAUGAGGACAUGACGACGUCCACAGGCAGAGCAUUCCAUGCCUUAAUCACCCCGGGACUGGCGACGAAUUUCCUUGCGUUCACUCUUGCCCCGGUCACACGUAGUUUGAGCGGAUUUCCUCUUAAGCUAGUAGUAGUGGAUGGCUGAAAGUAAUCGCCGGAUGUGAGGCAACAGUCUUGACCCCGCCAGGUAGCUGCUUUUAGUCUAGGGGAAGGAGAUCAAGCUUGGACAGUCGAGUUUCGUAAGGUAGGUUGCUUUGACCUCUGACAAGUUUGAUUGAUUGUCGUUCGACUUUUCCGAGCGUGGUGCGGUCUUUGACAGACCAGGGUCUCCAGGCCUGAAUGGCAAUUUUCAUUAACUUCUGAGGAAGUUGCAACUAAAAACUAGGUUUAACAACUGCAGUAUUCUGAGCAACUGCUUGCAGACUUUGUUUCCUUAAUUCCUGGUGGACUAAUGCAAUUGGCGAAAAUUUACCAAAGUAAUUGUUCCUGACAAAGUCUAUACGUUGCUUGGAUUAUUCCCAGAUAUGUGCAUUUGCCUCGGUUCGAACCUUCGUCACAUUAUCCGGACGAGAAUGUCGCCCGUCACUUUCGUUUGCAUCCAGAGUCGGACAUAAACAAUUACACUCAGUGCUUCAAAGAAUCUUUUAGACAAGCCGCUUUACCAACCGCACCCUGAAAUGCAUUUAAUCUUCUGGACGUCAGAAGUUUGGUUAAUUUUGGAAGGCGUACGACGAAUUUCGAGGAAACAGAUGAAAACGCUUAUAUUAGCAAUCAUUGCUGCGGCCUGAUCGGUUGAAACCGAAGUGGGUGCCUGCCAAUCUAGUCUGUGAGCGGAAUUAACUGCGGGAGCAGGAGUUGAGCUAACUGCCUGUGCGCGUGAGUAUUUCGAAAUAUUACAAAAGGCCAAACUGACCUGAGAAGUAAGGCUUGUCAGUCGGACAUUCGAUAUCACGCUUUCCAAGAAAUGCUGCUUAACUUUAAAGGAAUAUUUAGGGAGGAAGUUUUACAGGGGACCGUCCUAGAUAUUUACCUAGAGGUGUUCCUGUUUACAAAACGAUUCAGAUUUUUUGGAAGAUUUUUGCCCAUACCACCGGUUUUUCACUUUCGAAUGAGCCUCAUGCUUAUCAACAUGGACUUUAGGUCCAAGAGUAUGCCAUUUAUGCAAGUUGCUGCUAACAGAAUAACACCUGCAACUGUCUGUGGAAAUAGGUUCGGGUGAGACUCCGAAAUGCCGGGAGAAUAUAAUUUCUCCUUUCAAUGGUCAUAUGUCCUUCUUCUCGUGCAUGGAAGCGUUUCGAUUAUCAGUUUAUAUGAUUGCCUUUGAGAGCUGAUAAUAGGAUUUUUGUAAGCUCACAGCGAAGAACAUCAAUUUCAGAUCACUAUAUGCACGUAUGGAGAAAUCCAAUGCACAGCCGAUGGAAGGCAAGGGAGAAAAUGUAAGCAAAAAUCCUGCUUUGGAUACUUUCCUCCAUCUCAUGCUCAUUACUAUGCUUUGCCUUUGCAGGCAGAUCUCAAUUCGAUCCCAAAACGAACAUUUUCACAGCGUUCUACAGUAUCGAUAGGGCGGAUACCACCUUUUCAUCGGCGUACGACGUUCUGUGUGUGGCUGAGGGCCCUAAGACUCGGUCGUACCUUUCUAAGUAUGUUGAAUUCUCGGGACGAGGUAAUUGAGCCAUUAAUCCAUAACAACUGUCCAUCUACUGUUGUAUAGAAUACAAUCGUGCAUAUGUCCAUAAAAAUGAAACUGUUGUGGUCAACGUAAUAUUGUGACUUUAUGCUUGUAAAUUAAUAUGUUACACUUUUGUUACCCGGUAAUGUAUGUGUUUCCUUCGAAAACUUUAGUGAACUUUCCUCCAUAGAUAAAACACCAUAUGUGAGAUAUCUAAAUUACAUGCAUCACCGAAUUUAGGGGAUGGAUACACGGGAACGUACGGCCAAAAUUCCAGCAACAUAAUUUGGUUUAAAACCUGGUUUGAGCCUGUGGUAAGAUUUUCAUACCCGCCAUUGUAUAAUGUUUAUAUUUUUCUAAUUUACUAUGUCGAACUUACUAUCUUCCAAAUGCACCAUCUUAUAGUAUUCGUACCCAGCCAGGUUAUCAACUAAAAGCAGGGUGGCUUUGUAACUACCCUGGCAAAUAUUCCUGUCUUGAACUGCCCACCUCAAAAGGUUCCAAGUUCAGUGAGAUUGCGCGCAGCAAGUAAUAUCUGCUCUUACCUGAUGUAGAAAGGUAUCUCAUGCAUGGGUCAUCUGUGUGCGUUACUCUUACUUCCAGUGAACAGCAAAAAAGGGUGACCUAGGGCUAAUUGUCACAAAGAAAGCAAAACGAGGCGCAUAUUCUGUCGAGGUAUUUGACGGAGUUCAUACUGGUUCAGGCUUGUUUUGGAGAAAUAUUUAACUCAAACAAUGUGGCAGAGUAGCGACAACGGAAGACGCGACAGUUCGGCCAUCGCAAGCGAUUAUGUUUGUUUUAUUUCAAAUAUACCCCGCUCAUUGUUUCAUGCAGGUGGGGCCGAAGGAAUGAGACUGUAGGCAGACGACAGAGAUUAAUGUCUAAACCUCCACUUAUUGAUCGGUCACUUCAGUGGAAGACCCUUCAUGUUAGUUUCACAGGUCUUACGACAUUGACCUGCGCCUGAAUUAGUUUACCGCGAUAGCGGACUUGUUCACCGUCUGUCGCAUUCUACCCUACCGCGCCCACCUGGACCCAGUGGUGGGAUUUAGGCAAAACGAUCGGGAACGGACUCAGACGCGGUGGCCCACAAAGCUAAACAGCCACUCUAAGCGUGUCAAGCGCAACCUAAUCGCCGCAGUCAUUUCCCAGGUUUUCUCGAAAAGGAAGCAGUUCUGAUCUCACGUGAGGGAGACAGUCGUCGAGGCCACAUGCAGAAGUUGCCGUUGAUCCUGUCUCGCAUCUCUGAGCAGCGUUUCAAGUCAAUACUUUUAGGGCAUCGUGGUAGAUUUAAGCGCGCCCGAUUUUUUAUAAUUAAAGGGGCACUGAAGCGCCAUAGGAGUCGGUUCUCCGGAGUCGAUCUCACUUUCUCGCCUCACCCAAACACUAGUCCACUGUCUGCGCCUGUCAGCCGCAUGGCGCUUAGAUUGAGCGCACUCUCUGGCGCAACUGGAAGCCUACUUCUAGGCGUGCAUCACAGCCCGAUGUGCGGAAUUUGGUAUGGGAUGAGCGAACUCCGGACAGCCUGAUUAACGCGUGCCAUUAGCCAAUCGAGUCCCCACUUUAGUCCCGCGCAUAUACAUCGCGACCCGUCGUGGAGACCCCAGGGUGAUAGACCUGGUCGAUGAUGCAUUUAUUGUAUUUACUUGACGUUUCACGUUCAUCUACAAACCCACCUGGUUCCUCGAACUUGUAUUUUUUCUGUACAGCGACAACAUGAGCCCUUCAUGCUUACUGCCUCAAUGGGAAGCAUGGGCUAGCCAAUAGUUCUUUAAAACCCGCAUGAAGCACUUCGACUCUGAAUUUGUUUUAGAGGCAACAGUGACUUAAUUUGCCGACUGGUGGGUUUCAAAUGUCCGCGAAGCGUUCAUUUCAAGAGUGUAGUUGCAAUUCCAUAAAUGGCGUGGAACUUACUUUAGGGCCACAGUAUCAUGCAUAUGUACGAUUUCACAACCUUCGCCGAUUUCUACGCUUGCAUUUAUGCUGCACGCGAAUAUUCAGACUAUGCAUUAAUAUGUUCCCGAUAAUUUCUGAUUCCAUUCGAAACACCUGUACGUCUCCCUCCAAUUUUGAAGGAAGUCAGGUCUAUAAGAACAUACAAAUGUUCCAAUGGGAUAUGUCGCGCGGGGAGUUCCCAAAGUGGAUACAUAAUCAAGCCCGGUUAGUUGAAUGUGAGACCAUAGCAUGCAAUGUUUAAAUCGAAAAAUUCACACAGAUUGCAUAUUUUUAUUGUAGAUAAAAUACCGGGAGUCUUCAAUUUUUACCUCGACAGCGACCCGAAGAGAACUCGUAACUGGGUAUCGGUGCAUGGGGAGCAUCCGGAGGAGGUUGUUAUUUCAUUCUUAUCGACAUAUUGGCAACCAAUCCUAUGUACGUACAGUUUGGCCUUUGCGUAUUUGGAAACAACACAGUAAAUGUUGUAUUGCAGCUUACAACUGAUAAGCGAACAGCUCCUCUUCAUACUAGGGGGACUGGUUCUAUUCAGACUUGCCAUAUUUUAUGUCUUAAUUAACGGAAAACUACUAUAAAAGUUGUUAUAUGGCGAAUAUUACUUUGGCAUAGUUAACCCUUCCGUAAGAACGAUCGGUGAGCGCCCCCUAUCACUGUAUACUCCCGCUCGAAAACCGACAGGACAACGAGCUCGUGGCCCAGUGGUUAGAGACGUGGACUUCUAACUAACAGGUCGCGAGUUCAAGCCUCGGGUGUUCCACACUUCGGGGUUAGGUAUGACUGGCUGACGACGGCUAAUAAGCCAGAAAUGAGCAUUCCAGUUUCCCUUGUCUUUGUCGGUAAUGCCAUAAUGCUUUUUGAGUCUUGGUUCUAUGUGUUUCGCAAAUCGCUUUUUUGUACAAGGAACUAGGAAACUCAUUUAUGACUAGUAGAAGCAAUGGAAGGGUUUUCAUCUUUCCCGUUUGCGUAGAUCUUCGCAACGUCCUAUUCUAGAGUGGCCUGCGCUUGGUCAGUACAUGCAUAUCACUCUUCUGCAUUCGCAUGUGUUAAUCAACAGUUGUGAACCGGACCUCUGUGCAUAUUUUGCGAAGCUUUAUCACGUGCAUUCCAAAAGCACCACAUUAUGCCAUGCAGCCGAAGACGCUAUCAGUAGGACAAUUGAAACCCAGACUCGCUAAACAAAUUCCGGUCAGUCUCACUGCUCCGUCAAAUGUCGCAAGCCCUUCCGGCAGACAUUUUGCGAACAACUUUCCUAGAAUUAGUAGCUGUUAGGGCAGAUUUUGGAAAACUCUGUCAAAAAACCUACUAGUUAAGUGAACUUGGUAGUCAUUUAGUGGAUUCUAGAUUGAUUAUUUAUAAAACACUGUUUGGACAGUCGGCUCACUGUAUUGAGUUUGGCAGAUUCCAUACGCUGCAGUAGGUUACGCGGGUAACCUGAUCCACAUGUAAGUGAACUUACGACUCCCGGUUGGGCCUCGUAGAUCAAGUGGCUAAAGCGCUGGCUGUACUCAACCCCCCCUCCCCCCUGUUCUCGUAGGUUCGAAUCCGACUGAGGUCAACGAGUUUUCCAUUAUUGGGUCACAAUGAAUUCGGCCGAAUUCUUUGAAAUAAUGGUUUGAAAGCAAGACCGGUUUUUAGAAUCAGUGCGCGACACCACACCGCACCACACCCAACUAACAAACACACAAAUAAAGAUGAAUUUUCAGGUUCCCGCUGCAAUUAUGAGUAAGGAUGAGGGAACUGACCGAUUUACGAAAACACUCGUUUAUUUAUUUUUAUCUUCCAACUCAUACAGGGAUCCAUCGUUAGAGCUGACGAAAGUAAGGUUUGUUCUGUUGCUACCGUCAUCGCUAACGAUAACCCACAUUAGGAGCUCUAAAGUCCAGAAAAAUAAACAAAUUGUUCUAGAAGGAUGCACUUCUUGAUCAGAUAGCAGACGCCGCGAGUCUUUGAAAUCUUCUCGAAAACCGUGCGGCCCAUGUGGUGCUUCUGAGAGUGUUCACAUUCCUCAUGUGGACGCAUGCUUUGUCUCACAUUUCAAAGCAUUUUGACGCGUGGUAGCGAAUCAGGCGACAUGCACAACCACGCAAGUUGAGAUCUUGGACACAAGUAAAGCCACAGGCUAUAUCUGAAAGUGUCGCGAGCUGAUUAUCAUACUUUAAAACCGAAUUCCACCAAACACCCAAGUACGCAACUCAAAAAGCCUGCUCUUGAGUAGGCACAUUUUUCAAGGAAUAAGCAUACAUUGCUCGACGCAAUAAACGGCUAAGUUGAAUUACAUGACAUUGGACUAGUCUAUAAGACACUGAAAAGGAACGCCACUAGCAAAUGCAGAUAGCCUUUUGCAAAAUUCCAAGAAAUGUGGAUAUUUCCAUAUCUUAACCCUAACCUUAACAUUAGCCUUGACCUUAAAAAUAACUCUCGUCCUAACCUUAACACUAACCCUAAACUUGGUCUUAAUUCCAGCACUGAAACUAACCCUAUUAUCUCUGGAUAUUAGCGCAGGGCCUCUGGAAUAGAUGAAUAACUCUACCCCUAUCUUGAUGACUAGUCAUCUAUCGUGAACGUAUCGCUAACUGGGAGAUGCAUUCAAUCACAGUCACAAUCUUAUAUAUUCAUCUUAUAAGUUCAGUCGCAAGUAUAACCACAGUUUAUAUUUGAGUGAUGCGGCAUUUUACGUCGUAUAUACAGUACAAUAUUGAAUGAAAACCUAGUUUCAUAAGUAGCUUGGGCCUCUUUUUCAAAGGACAUGUACUUUGUCAAAGGACUUGUCGUAGGCGGAAACUUGUUUUUUUUGUGUGCAAAUGAGCGCAGAUAAUUAUGUGAUUCUGGUUAGAAAAAUAAAAUAACCGUGGCAUUUUUGAUCUUAAGCAAAUUCGCAUCUUUUAGCCACUGUUUUGCGAGUUCCAGAUCCCAUUACAAAGGAGGCUGUCCUUUUGCUUUUCCGAGCUUUUGUCAUCUGGAAAAUAACUUUGCUUCACCUACCUUAAUUUCAGCAUAUUCCUUCUCUCCAAUCGAGGUACGCGAUCUGGUUCAUUAUCCAUUUGACCGAUCCGAAGAAGUGGUGAUCGAAUGCCCCGUUUCUUAUUACCCAGGGUUCGACGUCCCAAAGGUAGGCCAAGCAACCUACUUUUCCACUGUUUCGGAAACAUCCGUCCCGUUGCUGCCAUUCGAAGAAGUCUACAAGAUUUCCAUAUUGACACUACGUCCAUUUACAGUCUUUAAUAAAAAAAACCCAAGCGAGUGCAUUCCCUGCUAUAAUUCACAUUAUUUUAGAUUAUCGAAAAUGAGUACUUACGACAGGGAGCUUUGUUUGGAAAGAAAUCAAAAUGCACUUUUCAGCACCUUAUGGAGAUCGAGACUGUAGGAGAACCCGUUGCCCCAUACGGCAAAUUUUAGUAGUAGUAAAACAUGGAGGCCAAUAUGUUGUAGUCAGAAAACAUUCCGUUGGUGUUGUAUUUCGACCCAAAAUGCACACGAGUCCUCCUUCACCCAAUUAUUUCCUAUUGUUUGAUUCGCUGUAUCUUAUUAUCCUACAUAGUGUAACCUUGCAGACAUUUUUUGAAAAUGCUUUGAUUGACUAUAAAGUCUUUGGUCUUUUACAGUUGCCCUAGUUGAAGAAGUUUUGGUUGUCUGGCAUUUUUAUUGGCCAGAAGGGCUGAGUCUCCUCUCCUAUGCAGUUCCUUGAUAGAUAACUAAUCAUCUGCCAUGCUCUGGUUGCCUGCAUAGAUCGUGGUGCAUGACAACGGUGAGGAGAAGUGCAGGUAUGGCUACUCAGGCUCUACGGAGUGUGAAUGUAAGUGAUCGCUUGGUGAUUUCAAAAGACCUCUCCAUAUAGUCUGCUUUUAGACGAAAAUAUCUGAUCAUUUCUUAGAUCAAAUUUCGUGAAUGAAAGACAGAAAAAGCAUACUGUAGCCUGUGCAAUAAAAAAGUUGUCUUUCCUGCUGGGCUAAUAGUUACGCGAUAACUAAGUUAAAACUGCAACUGACAUUCGGUAAUAUUUGUUUAACAAUUGCCGUACCGCGGAUGCAAGCAAAAUAACAUUCGGACUUUUUGCCGAUAGAAUUUAAGAGGUGAGUUCCAGGAACAGUCGCACAGAAGGAGACGCGAUCAGUGGAUCAAGAGUUUUAUACGCCCUACGUUUCGGAUCCACACCCGAAUAUACCAUCAGAGACGGAAUCAAAUAAGGACAGCGGGUUGACCAGAUGUUGCAGUAUUUAUGAGAUUAACCGCGUAAGUCUCAACCUGUUGGAGUCAUGGUCUUCCGGUCCUCAGUCGGUUAGCAAACGCAAUGACCCCCCCCACUCCAUAUUCUGUUCUGGGACUUUGCCUAGGUAAAGUAAUUAGCCACGCGGGGAGCGCGCGGUGGCCAUCGUUCCUGGUGCAAAUGACGACGGGUCAAAUGGCCCAAUAACCCACACGAGUAAGGAAAGUUCGCAAAUUGACGUUUCCAUUGCGGGCAAUUAAGCAAUUACUGCGCCACAUGCAACCACCUACGGUGAAUGAGACAGUGCCACAGCAAUGGCCUCCUAUAAACACCGCAACAUCUGUGCGACUCACCACUCUUAUCUGAUUCCGUCUCCGAUGGUGGCUUCGAGAGUGAAUCCGAGACGACAGGCAAAUAAGGCCCCUGUUCCAGCAAAAAUGUUUCCCUCUUUGCUACUAAAGCGUGUUCUACAGUUCCGAGAUAGUAUUUAUCUGGUAAAUCUUUUCAUCUACUAUGUAUCUUUCCUGGUUUAUAGAGAGUCGAUUAGCGGGCGGUUAGUAGAUUAGGUGAACAAAAUAGAGCGAGACUACCAAACUUUUCACUUUUGCUUAAAUUUAAAGUUUCUUAGGGGCUCUUGAAGGUGUUGCGCAUCUGGAUCUCCGUUAGAAUUUAACAUGAAAAUAUCAAGAGUUUCGAAGGGGUUUGGUGGUAAACAUCUAAAAGUGUUGCAUCUAUAAUCAGCGGGUGGAAAUUAGGGCAAACCUGACCGAAUUAAAAGUAUCAGUUGGCAGAAAUUCGCUCUGUCAAUGCUUGCAAAGCCUCCCGACGAUUUAGGACACUUCACUUCUGGCAGGUCCCUUCAGGAACUGUUCGGUACCCAAUGUUCUCAGGCCAUAACGCCACAAAUCCCGCUUGUGUAUUUUGAACUGAGAGUCAAGUACGGCUGAAUACUGAGUAUUAUCAGUUCCUGCCCCAGAGAAAACGAGUUCACAUACGACUUUUCCAUCCAGUUUUACUGCCGAAUAAGGGACUCAUCUGACUUGAAUGAUUAAGCGGAAUAUUAUUUAAUUCGAGAUUGUUAAGAAUAUGGCCUAGAAAUUAAGAUAUAUGGGCCUUAAAGUCAUACGAUUUAAACAACAAAUCCUAAGGGAUAAUUUAUUGACCAUCAUGGUCGAUAUGAUGCUUUCGAGAAUUUUCCCGAAUGUAGCAGUUUAGCAAAUUAUACAUAUAUUCAGCUAAUUUUCAUGAAUUUUAUUUUCUGAUCAGCAAAUUUAUAUUACUUUUAAAUUAUCCAGCACGGAAGGGAUCGGCAAACAACAUUUUGGUGAUUAUUCACCGUGUGAAAUUUGAGGAUGAUCCAGAUUCGAUCGCCCGUCACAUCCUCUGUACUUCGACACACUACAACACCUUCUACAUGACAGACGACGUAUUCUAUAUGUCACAUUAUGUUCAGUUUCCUGAGAACUAG